UGUCAACAAAAAGAGAAGAAAAACAAGGAAAACAAUAAAAAUAUUUGUUCUCAACGAAGGCCAAUAAUAAUAAGAAGGGCAGUGAUUUCACCCACAAAAACUAAAUAUUUUUCUAUAGUUCCAAUAAGAUAGAUAACAAAAAUAUUAAAAAAUUAAAGAACAGUUUUAAUUGUUGUGUACUACUAAUUAAUAAGAGUAUUAAACUAUAAUAUAUUUAAGAUAUAAACUGAUAUCAGUGUAGAGUGGAAUUCAGUAACCAAAGUUAAAGCAAAUGACAAGUGAAGCCCCUAAAGUGGGGCAAUCAGCCUCUGCAGUAGUGGCCGGUAGUAGCACUUCAUCGUCUAUUGAUUCUUCUACGCCCUCUUUAUCAGAGCUUUAUGCCCAGACCGAUUUUUAUAUUGGUGUCGGUUUGGCCAUUAGUUCAUGUUUCUUUAUUGGUUCGAGUUUUAUAAUUAAGAAAAAGGCCCUAAUACGUCUUAAUCGGCAUGGUGAAGUUAGAGCAUCGGCUGGAGGAUUUGGCUACCUCAAAGAGUGGAUAUGGUGGGCUGGAUUAUUGACGAUGGGCCUAGGUGAAGCUGCCAAUUUUGCAGCUUAUGCAUUUGCUCCCGCAUCACUUGUCACGCCAUUGGGUGCAUUAAGCGUUAUCAUCUCUGCGGUAAUGGCAUCCAGAUUUCUCAAUGAAAAACUCAAUUUACUUGGCAAAUUGGGUUGUUUUUUGUGCAUCAUUGGAUCAACAAUUAUUGUGCUACAUUCGCCGAAAGAAAAAGAAAUCGAAGAUUUACAAAUACUGUUUGAAAAACUGCAAGAUCCCGGUUUUAUAUUGUAUGUGAUCAUAAUAAUUGGUUCAACAUUAUUUGUGGCUUGUUUUGUAGCACCUCGACACGGUCAUACAAAUGUUGUCAUUUAUAUAUUCCUAUGCUCUGGCAUUGGUUCGCUGACCGUUAUGUCGUGCAAGGCUUUAGGUUUAGCCAUACGUGAUACAAUAGCGGGUAAAAAUGAUUUUGCCACUUGGAUGCCUUGGUUUUUGAUCUUAAUCACGGUAACAUUUAUAGCCAUACAAAUGAAUUACUUGAAUAAAGCUUUGGAUAUAUUCAACACUGGUAUCGUAACACCCAUUUACUAUGUCAUGUUUACCACAUUGGUUAUAACCGCUUCGGCGAUACUCUUUAAGGAAUUUACCCAUAUGCGUUUCGAAGAUAUCUUAGGCGAUAUUUGUGGAUUUUUGGUGGUAAUAAGUGCGGUAUUUAUGCUAAAUGCCUUUAGGGAUCUGGAUAUAUCACUUAACGAUGUACGUGGUAUUAUGCGUCCGAAAAUGCAAAAACUUAACCAAUACGACGAAGAAGUUUUGGUAGCGGAUGAUACCAAAGAACGACGUUACUCUUAUGGUUCAGGAGAUAUUUACCGCAAGGCAUGACAUAAGCAACGAUAUCAAGUUUAAUAUAUGUUUUAACAACUUGAUAAUACUACUCCUUUAGUAUACAUAUUUAUUUGUUUUUUAAUUUUCCUUUACAAAAUACAAAAAAAAACUGUUAUAUUUUCCUUUAUUUUUCGUUAUUGUGUGUAUGUGAGCGUGAAUUCAAAAUUGUAGUAGGACUUUAGUCCAUAACCCCAAAAAUGAAAUAAAUUUCUAUUUAUAAGUUAAAAAAAUGAAAUAAAUUAUGCUGAGAUUUUUUAAUGGAUAACAUUAA